CUCCCCUCUCCUGUCAAUCAGCCGGUUGUUAUGGUAACAGAUUCCGGGCUGGUUGCAGCUCAGUGAUCGCAGCAUCCAGAGCAAGGAGCGGUACCUACUACCGGGAGCACAGCGAGCGGCGCCGGACACACACACACCGACACCGGGCCUUCCUCAUGCAUCCUCCGUGGACUCUCGGAGCUCUUCUCGGGCUGCCCGUCCUCCUCUGUCUCCUCCCCGGGCUACUGCUGGUCUCCGCCGAGCUCCCCGGGGGACCAUGCGGAGGCGAACCGUGCGACAUCGGCGACACUCAGUUUGUCACAGACCCAUGUGAAGAGAAUCCUUGUAUCCAUGGAAACUGCAGUGUCCACGGGGAUGGUUACUUGUGUAUCUGCAAAGAUGGGUUUACAGGGGUGAACUGUGACGCUCUACUUCUGGACACCGCAGAGACCACUAUCACCGAAAUGCCAGAAUUUCAGCAGACCACCUUAGACCCCACAAUAGAAGUUCCUCAAUCUCCAGCUGUAAUGGCACUUCCAACAUGGAGACCACGUAUGGGACAGAAGCUGACAACUCUUCAGUGGGAUGAAGUACAGGUGAUUCCAGACAUUGCGUGUGGAAAUGCCAGUUCUAACACCUCCUCAGGUGGGCGGCUGGUGACAUUUGAAGUUCCAGAGAACACGUCAGUAAAAAUCUCCCAGGAUGCCACUGCUUUGCUUAUUCUGCUAUGGAAAGUGACAGCUGUAGGCUUCAACCAGUGUUCGCUUAUAGACGGUCGGAGUGUCACUCUAAUGCAGGCUCCAGGAGGUCUUGUCUUUCCAGAAGAAAUGUUAAAUCUUGGAAGCAAUCAUUUCAUUGGUUUUGUGAAUGAUUCUGUGAGCAAAUGCAUUGUGGCCUUACGUCUCGUUGUGCUGGUUAAAGCCACGGAUUGUGCACCAGAAGGCAGUAGCCCAGAAACUCCACAUUGCUAUGGCAAGGGGGAAUGUGUCACCAAGAAGACUGAGGAGACAUAUUCCUGCCAUUGUGAAGAAGGUUACAUUGGCACCUACUGUGAGGAGUUUGAUGCCUGCCACAGUCACCCCUGUAUGAAUAAUGCCACAUGCAGUGACCUCCUGCAGAGGCAUGAUGCGAAAAAUGCUACCUGUUCUUGCUUGCCUGGCUACACUGGUGAAUUCUGCGAGUCCAUGGUGGAUCACUGCUCUCCUCAGCCAUGCAGGAAUGGAGCUACAUGUAUCACCAGCCCCAGCGGCUUCAGCUGCCAGUGUCCUGAAGGCUUUAUGGGUUCCUUCUGUGAGGAUAAAGUAGAUCCAUGUUCUACAUCCCCCUGCCUCAAUAACGGGAGCUGUUUUUCCACCGGCUUGUCAUUCUCCUGUCGCUGUAGCCCAGGAUUCACAGGUGCUACCUGCGCUCAACUAGUGGACUUUUGUGCCCUGAGCCCCUGUGCUCAUGGGAUCUGCCGCAGCAUUGGGACAAGUUACAAAUGUCUUUGCAUACCAGGAUACCAUGGACCAUACUGUGAGGAGGAAUACAAUGAGUGUUUGUCAGCCCCAUGUCAGAAUGGAGCAACUUGUAAAGAUCUGGUUAACGAAUACCAGUGUUUAUGUCCACCUGAAUAUGAAGGGCGUCACUGUGAGCUAUACAAGGACCCCUGUUUGAAUGUGACCUGUCAAAAUGGAGGAACCUGUGACAGUGAAGGACUGAAUGCCACCUGUGUCUGUGCUUCUGGAUUUAUGGGGGAGGAGUGUGAGGUCGAUAUAAACGAGUGUAACAGUAAUCCAUGUCAUCAUAGUGGUACUUGUGUAGACCAACCCAAUGGAUACAUUUGUCACUGUCCACAUGGCUGGGUUGGAGCCACCUGUGAGAUCCAUCUGCAAUGGAAAGCUGGACACAUGGCAGAAAGCUUGACAAACAUGCCCCGCCACUCCCUCUACAUAAUCAUAGGAGCUCUAUGUGUGGCCUUCGUACUCAUGCUCAUCAUCCUAAUUGUGGGCAUCUGCAGAAUUAGUCGAAUUGAGUACCAGGGAUCCUCCCGACCUGCCUAUGAAGAAUUCUACAACUGUAGGAGCAUCGAUAGUGAGUUUAGCAGUGCCAUUGCAUCAAUUCGACAUGCACGGUUCGGCAAAAAGUCUCGACCGGCGAUGUAUGAGGCCACUCCAGUAGCAUAUGAAGAUUUCAGCCCCGAUGACAAACCUCUUGUGACGCUGAUUAAGACCAAGGAUUUGUAGUCCGCUUAGUGCCCUUAUUACGUAGAAGCGGAAAGAGGAAUGCAACCAGCUUUUAAAAGGAUGAAUUACUUUAACUGACUAAUACUUUUUAAGAUACAGAAAAAUGAAUCUGAAACACGCUUCUCCUUUACAGGAUUCAUUCAUUCCAUGCAGUCUUCAGGUCACAGUCCUACGCAGCUGUGAAUUAACCCCUUUCCUGCAAGAGGGGCUUGUGUGCCUCACUAGCAAUAAAUGGGUUAAAUCUGUUGGAAUUCGAUCCUUGAAUUAUUGGCAGAAUUUCCCCCUUUGUGUUAGCAAUGUUACAGUCCAAACAGUAUGCUGGCAUUAUCUGUAGAGUUAGGAAACGUAUAUAAUACAUAAUUUAUCCGUUGAUAGGCAUAUUGAGAGUCUAUGAUGUUUGUGUUGUGAAACAAAGUAAUCAAAGCCAGUGGUUCAAUCUCUCUAACCAGAAUUGACUAGACUUGUUAUUUGUUCUUUUUUUUUUUUUUUGGCUUUCCUUCUCUGCAUGGUACGUUAGCAAUAAUCCUGCCUUGUUUUCUAGAAAGUUGCUCUCAAGUCGAUGUCCUGGUCCAUAAUUUUGUUGUGUUGG